AUGCAGCCCGCCAGCCCGCAGUGCUCCACCGUGUGCUCAGAUCACGAGCCGCUGUACGCCCAGAUCCGGGAGGAUCUCGCGCAGUGGGACGGCAUCACGCGCGACAUGAUCGACCGCGCCAUGCAUCGGUGGGACGAGUCAGACAUCCUCGCGACGCUCGCCGUCGUCAACGGCACGCUGUGGCUGCCCCGGCCUCGUUUGCGCUCGGGCGAGGUGGCGCGACACGGCGACCCACAGCUGCAGGCCACGAUCCGCAUGAUCCUCAGUAUCCUCUCCGAUCCCGCGCUGCCGACGCCUCCGGACCUCGAGCUGCUCAUCAACGCGGACGACUACGGCCGCGUGCGACUCAAGGACCGGACACUGCUGCCGCUGCUCUCGAUCACGAAGGAGCUCGGGCGAGGCGCCGACAUCCUCUACCCCGCCGGCCACUACUCCUUUGCCGGCCCGUGGAUCUCAAACAUCGGCCUGCCUCCUCCCUGCGGAUGGUAUGCGCUGAGCCGGCUCGCGGUUGAGGGGAGCGCCGCGCAGCGCGCCCAGUACGACAUCGGCCUCGCUCCGCUGCCUCUGCUUAAGGAGGCGACGCCCGCGGACCACCUCUCCCGAAAGUACCUCGUCUCGCUCGACGGCCACUCGUACGCCCACCGGCUGCUCAAGGUGCUCGCGACCAACUCGCUCGUCGUCAAGGAGUCUCUCAACGGGGUGAGCACCAACCUGUCCGAGGUGCUCGCGGCGGCGGACGCCGCGGACGAGCGGAGCCGAAAGGUCGCCGAGGCGGCCUCGUCGCUCGUGCACACGCACCUCUGUGAAGCGGCGCAUCGCUGCUACAUGCACCGCCUGCUCACCGAGUACGGCCGCAAGAUGCGGUACGCGCCGGACAUGGCGUCGCGGCCCGGCGCGCGCCCGUACCCGGCCCGGCGAAAGGGGGGGUGGCCAGGUGGCAAGCCAGGCAGGGACGAGUGCGAGGCGCUGAUCGCAGCGAGGAGACCGCGCGAGCGAGACUUGGGCACCUUUCGGACAUACAAAGUCGGUCCCGGGCCCCCUCCGUCGCGGCUUGUGGGCGACUCGAGCCGCGAGGCGGCCGGCGGCGGCGGCAGGGGCGGCCGGGCGGGCGGCAGCCGCAGGGGCUCGGGCCGGGGGCUCGGAGGCCGCGGCGGGGGAGGACGAGGCGGCCGGGCCUCGCGCGUGCUGCCUUCCCGCGCGUGA